AUGUGUGGGUUCGAAUCCCGGCGCCACCACGUAUCGUCGCGCAACCGCGUUCAAACCUGCUUCCGCAUUCAAUCUGGAACAGCAAAUGGAUUUCUCAUGGAAGUGUGUGUUGAUUCGGUGGAAUCAGCUGUAAAUGCAGAAAGAGGAGGUGCUGGUCGGAUUGAAUUAUGUUCUGGCUUAAUGGAAGGAGGAACCACACCCAGCAUGGGUGUCCUUCAAGUAGUGAAGCAGUGUGUCCAGAUCCCAGUUUUUGUGAUGAUCCGGCCACGCGGAGGUGAUUUUUUAUAUUCAGAUCGUGAAGUUGAGGUGAUGAAGGCUGACAUUCGUCUUGCCAAGCUUUAUGGUGCUGAUGGUUUGGUAUUUGGGGCAUUGACUGAAGAUGGACACAUUGACAAAGAGCUGUGCAUGUCUCUUGUAGCUAUGUGCCGUCCUCUGCCAGCCACUUUCCACCGAGCUUUUGACAUGGUUCACGAUCCAAUAGCAGCUCUAGAGACUCUCUUAACCUUGGGAUUUGAGCGAGUGUUGACCAGUGGAUGUGACAGUUCAGCACUAGAAGGGCUGCCUGUGAUAAAGCGACUCAUAGAUCAGGCAAAAGGCAGGAUUGUGGUAAUGCCAGGGGGUGGUAUAACAGACAGAAAUCUACAAAGAAUCCUUGAGGGUUCUGGUGCUACAGAAUUCCACUGUUCUGCUCGGUCUGCUAGAGAUUCAGGAAUGAAAUUUCGAAAUUCCUCUGUUGCCAUGGGAGCCUCUCUUUCUAGCUCAGAAUAUUCUCUGAAGGUAACAGAUGUGACUAAAGUAAGGACUUUGAAUGCUAUUGCAAAGAAUAUUCUGGUUUAGCCAGACCUCUCUGAGAGAUGUGGAUAUCACAGGAUGAAGCAGAAAAGUAGUGUACAAUUCUCUGUGACUCCACUUUAACCUUCUUCUCUGGCCAGGACAGUCAUGGUCUUUGUUUUAAGUCUCCCACGGUCAUGGAGAACGUUUCCAAGAAGAAAACUUAAAACAGAGCUACCUUUGCUUAAUCUUGCCAGCCAUCUUCAUCGUCAUGGUUAAAUCUGAUCUAUGCUUCUGUAAACAGAGGCUUAGUCUGUUUUCAUUGGAAUUAAUUGAUGAACUGAGAAAAUUCAAGUGCAAGAUAUGAAUUGAGAGUGUAACUUUAGGUACGGCUUCAUAGCAGUACUUUGCAUUUUCAUUUGUAAAAUAAAAAUAUCCAUACUA